UGGUCUGUAGAACGCAUACGGAGAAGAAAAUCCGACAAUGGGUAUAAACUACAUUGUUCCGGCCACAUCCAUGAUGUUACAAUGGCAGUAUUAGGUAGUACUUACAUAAAAUUUAUGCUUCACUAUAAUUACAUCGCUUAAAAUUAUUCAGCAGAAAGUAUUUUCAUUCAAAGUGAGGUUUUAGUUUUUAGUAGAAUUAUAAUCUACUGUGAAAUAUUCAUAAAUUUACCAGAGAUCCAUGAAGUACUAGGCCUACAAUGUACCUGAUGAUUGAUACAUGACCGAAACCAGCUGGACUGGUUUGAUACUGGGAUUGAACCAAGAUCUUUUGAAUGUUAAGGAGAAAAUGUGGAAAUUACUUAGCUACCUGUCAGUUCCUGGAGCAUGUCAUGGAAAUGAUCUGUGUUUCAUCAAGGGCAGAUGUGUUCCCGAAACAAGGCAGUCCAGUGAACCUUAUUCCCCAUGGAUUCUUGUUGAGAAUUCAGGGCACAUUUUUUCAGCUGAAUGUACAUGUGUUGCGGGGGAUGGAUCAUGCAAACAUGUCGUUGCCCUACUAUUUGGCAUUAUCGAUCAUGUUAUAUCCAUGGAAGACAGAAGUACCAUAGGAGUGACUGAUACUGCAGCAUAUUGGGACAAACCUAGAAAAGUUUGCAGGCCAAUAGCUGUUAAUGACUUGGAUAUCAGGUUUGAUAUGAAUCUACCCGAUAAGGCACGCCCAUCUGUGGAUUCUGGCUAUCUACCCCUGAAAUCGGCAACACUGGAUCAAAGGGCAAUAGAGAAAGGCAUCAUGAAAGUCUUAAAGCAAAGCCAGACAGCUGCAGUGGCAUUAUAUACUCUGUCUGAUUCUGACAGCGAAAGUGAUGUGUCAAUGUUGGUUGAAGAUACUCCUCUUAACAUCAUUGAACUUUUGGCCAAACAUGGGCAAGAGAAUCUCAGCAUUGAAGAUUCUUACAUAAAUCAAGUUAGGGAACUAACAUGGGGCCAAUCAAAUAACUUGAUGUGGCAUUAUCAAAGGAAAGGUAGACUAACUGCAUCUAACUUUUACAGUGCAUUUCAUUACAGAGGCAACAGCACAGAAAAUUACAUUGUAAAGAGUAUCUUGGGAAAAUACCAAUUUACUUCGAAGUCUGUUGAAUAUGGGAAGUCACAAGAACCUGUUGCCAGAGGAAAGUACAUUGAGUACAUGUCCAGUCGGCAUCCAUCAUUUCAGUGUUCUGAGACAGGUAUCUUUGUGUACAAGGACUUUCCUUACCUUGCCGCUUCCCCAGAUGGUGUUACAGAAUGUAAAUGUUGUGGAAAAGGACUGUUGGAAAUCAAAUGUCCAUUCAGUUUUCAGAAUGAAAUUUCUCAGGUUGCUAUGUCAAAAAAUUCAUCUUGUAUUUCAGCUCAUGGCAAAUAUGAAUUGAAAAAAAAAUUUGUCCUCUCCAUAUUAUGUCCAGAUGCUUGGUCAAAUGGCAAUAGGAAAUUUUUCAUUUUGUGAUUUUGUCUUAUAUACAAAGAAAGAUAUUCAUGUUGAAAGAGUUCACUAUUCAAGUGCAGAUUGGGAAUUGCUGUCAGACAAACUGAAGAGUUUUUAU